UCUUGUCUUGCUUUGGUUAAAAUGAGAGAAAAGCAACUUUAAGUCAAGGUUUCACUUGUUAGUGAGAUUCUGAUCUCAGUGUGGCUUCCUAGUGAAAUAAAGGUACGAACCAGAAGAGACGGGUGACAGAAGCUGUAGUGGCUGGAGAUCUCCAGUUCAGCAGCCUGGCUGCAGCAGGUGUUGCUGUCAGUCACAUUUACAGCAUGAGUGAGUGGGUUUAAGCGCAGCCCUGGAGUAUGAGAUAUGUGGGCAAAGAAGCUAAGAAACCCGGCCUCUGUGUGCAACUUAAAACCAUAGAAGGUGACAGCAAAGAUCUCCUGCCGGAGAUCCGGACUCCGAUCUGGAUCCAGAGAACAUCAUCUGCAUCAGCUACAGAGUCGGGACGGCUGUCGGGUUAGGUUUUUCUGCUUUGGGCGUCCCUGCCCCCGUGCUUGGACGUCUUCAGACAUGGACGCUCAACAGUCCAACACUGUGGAGGAAUCUAAGCGUGAACAAGAAGAGUUGGCUCAAACAAUAAUGGCUCGGAAUUUCCACCCGUCUGUCAUCGGCCCGGAGGCCUGGGAGGGCUACAUGUUUUCUGAUCUGGAGAUCCGCAUCAAAGAGUCCACAGACCUCUACGGAGCCGUACUCUGGCCUUCGGCAAUGGUGCUGUGCCAUUUCUUGGAGACCAACCGAGAUAAAUACAACCUGACAGACAAAAAUGUGAUUGAACUGGGUGCUGGGACUGGACUUGUCACCAUUGUAUCAAGCUUGUUGGGUGCUAAGGUGACCUCCACUGACCUACCAGAUGUCUUGGGGAACCUCCGGUACAACGUUGUGCGCAAUACCAAGGGCCGAUGCAAGUACAUCCCAGUGGUCACUGAGCUCAUUUGGGGUGCGGAGGUGCCGAAGCGUUUUCCUCGCACCACACACUGUUUCGACUACAUCCUGGCAGCCGACGUGGUGUACGCACACCCUUACCUGGACGAGCUGAUGGACACCUUUGACUACCUGUGCCAGGAAAACACACACAUUUUCUGGGCCAUGCGUUUCCGCCUGGACCCAGAGAACAACUUUGUGGAUCGCUUCCAGCAGCGUUUCCACCUGGAGGAGCUGUAUGACCUUCCCAGCCUCAGUAUCAAACUGUACAGAGCCUGGAGGAGGGACACGAGGACCACAGACCACAGAGAGGCUGCUGCCUAAAGUCUGAACACAGACUGACAAUACAAUGUAUGUGACUGCCAUCUGAUUUAUAAACUGUCCUUCUAAACGGGAAAGUGUAGUUGUUGAGUAUUUUUAAUGAAUCUUGUGCAAAUGUCCCAAUACUGUCCCAAUAGCCAUUACUGCUGUUUAUUUUUGAGUUAGUCAUCAGGGGAAUAUUAACAACUGGACUGUUAGCCUACUAGCAUGACUGACAGCUGAUCAUUUAAGUACAGCUAAAUCUGUAUCUUAAAAUAUAAAUGUGUGUGACCAUGUGGCAAACAGUCAUGACAUCGGCCAUAAAAAUCUGAACUACCGCUUUUAAGCUUCCAGAAUCUCAAAUUGGGGUGGGUUGAGGUUUCACAUCAGGAAGGUCAGAGACUCUGGUUGGAUGAUAAAUUGCACAAAACUGACACCAUGCUCUGUUGGAGAACUGAAACUGCAAUUAAUACCAGCGAGUGUGGUCAUUUUCCCAUAGAUUCCACUCAAACUGACCCAAGCAACUAUUGAAUAGAUGGCUAUUCAAUAUCGAAUUGCUACUUCUUGGUUAGCUUCAGCCAGAAAACCAAAAGACUACGGCCUACUAAAUAAAAAUCUCAUGGUAAAGGUUAAAGUUAAGGGCUAAUGUUUGAGGUAGGGGUUACAAGAGAUGGUAAUGCCAGUUGGCUAACUGGCCAGCUAGCUAACUGGCCAGCUAGCUUGUCAACCAUGUUUACACAUGUCUCAGGAAACUGAUUUACUGUAUGUUCUGUUCUAUUUUGACCCAACUAGCUUUGCAUUCAACAGGUAAAUGGAACUUUAGAGUUGAUGAUGAUGAUGUACCUUGCUCCCAAUCCUAUUGGCUGGUUAGUUGAUUUUUUUUUUUCGUCUUUACUUGAUCAACAAUAAAAACAACACAAACUUUAAAGUGAAA